UCGUUGGAUAAGUGGCACUGUACCCUGCUUGAGUGCCGGUGAAGACGGACAAAUAGGCGCACCGAUGAGCAAACGAUCUGACAUUACACGAGUUCUGAUCCAAACAUUCGGCAUCGUUGCCUGGCAAGGCACGGAAUAAUAAGGUGGACUAACGUUAGCAGUAAAAGGCGAGGUGUCGUGGACACGUUUGGAAGGAGGAUAGUAAAAGGACGGAGCCACAGGUAGGAAAGCUGCCGUGGCAGAAGAUCUCAAAGUGCAAGCUGGUCAUGUAGAUUUUAGUCUCUGACCCGAGCGACGAGUUUCAGCUGCGGAACGGCGCAGGUCGAACACAAGCAGAAGCGAGAAGACUUUGCACGCUGUUCCGCCUCUCGGUCCAGUCGACCGGGCUCCUGGUCCAAGGAAAAGCCACAAUGUCCAGGAGAAAGCAGAGCAAACCCCGACAGAUAAAGCGUUCCCUUGGUGAUCUUGACGAGAAUGAGGAUACCACUCUUGACAACCUGGGCCUCUCAGGAGAGGAGGCAGAGGCCUCGGACCUAGAUGAUUCAGCAGCAGAAGGUGACAGCAGUAGUCCACCAUCCUACACACCACCGUACAAUGAAGAUCCGAGGACGCGGGACAUUCAUGGAGACCCGGAUGAGGCAGACGAAGAUGGGGACGAGCAACGUCUGCCACGCAGUGGUGGGAAAGAGGAAGAUGAAGGGCAGGAAGAGGAUGGGGUGUUGCAGUGGAGCGGUCCAGAUGAGCUGGAGCUCAGUAAAGAAGGCAGUGGAAGAAAGGUCGUCGCUCGCAGGGAGCUCCAUACAGACACCAUUUGGGGACCCUACCCUGGAAGCCUCCAGUCAGACGGCAGCGCAGAUGAUGAUGCAUCGGAGAAUUCCAAUUGGACCUUGGUGUGUGAUGAUCCAGAUUGUUGGAUAACAAGUCUUGCGUUGACCACGAAUCCAUCAGAGGCCAACUGUACUAUCUACAGCCAAGGUGAAGCGUUAUUCUGCAAGGUCACCAGAGACAUUUUUGCAGAAGAAAGACUCCUGGCCACUCCGCUGCUUCCUCCAAAACCUUCCUCCCCUGUCGCCAGGGCUUCCCCUCUUCCCAACAUUAUAACCCCGAAAACAUUGGUGGCAAAAGAGGAGCCACUGUAUCCUGCUGCUCUUCACACAGACAUCCAGCUCCUCCCACAGCAAGCAGGCAUGGCUGCAAUCUUGGCUACUGCUGUUAUCAAUAAGGACAUUUUCCCGUGCAAAGACUGUGGGAUUUGGUACAGAAGUGAAAGGAACCUGCAAGCCCACCUCAUGUACUACUGUGCCAGCCGGCAGAAACAGCCAGCCGCGGCCUCAUCUCCUGGACCACAAGACAAACCCAAGGAGUCCUAUCCCAAUGAACGCAUCUGCCCCUUUCCUCAGUGUAACAAGAGUUGCCCAAGCGCAAGUUCACUGGAGAUUCACAUGCGUACACAUAGCGGGGAGCGUCCAUUUGUCUGUCUCAUCUGUCUGUCUGCCUUCACCACUAAAGCAAACUGUGAGCGCCAUUUGAAGGUCCACACCGACACAUUGAACGGCGUGUGUCACGGCUGUGGCUUUGUCUCCACGACGAGGGACAUUCUCUACAGCCACUUGGUUACGAGCCACAUGGUUUGCCAGCCCGGAUCUCGUAGUGAGGUCUACUCUCCAGGACCGGGCCUUCCAAAGUUGCCCAUGUCCACAGUUCUCAGCCCAGGAGACUCUGGAGUGGUUCUGAAGUGUCAAGUUUGCGGCCACAACGCUGAUUCGCCUUCCCAGUUGCAGCAGCACGUCCGAACCCACCUUGAAGUCAGAGUCCCCGCCGAAAGGAGUCCCACCCCUCGUCAAAGCACCCCGUCAUCUGCCGAUCAGCCGUCGACACCAGAGGGUGAGCCUCUAGGCUGUGUCCCAAAUUCAGAUUCCUCCAGCCCAGGUGCUCACGGAGGCUCUGCCACUCCACGUGGAUGCAGUCCACCUGAUGACCAAACCACCGCCACCCUCCGAAUCAAAGAAGAGCCUCGUUCAGAAUCGGAGGCGGAAGACCACCAGAUGGACUUUAAAGAGGACGGUGAGGAGGCUACUGACAAGAAAGUAGAGAAGACAAAGGAGAGGCAAACGACCACCUCUAUUUGUCAGACAUCAAAGAGUCCUGCCACCACAGCGGUAAAAGUGGAACCAACGAGUCCCACUCCUGGUUGUAGCCCAAGUCACAUAGGUGGUGCUGGCUCCGUUUUCCCCGGUGGAUCAAUGUUUUUGCCUCAGUACAUGUUUAACCCCGAAACAGCCAUUUUGCCUCAGGCCUCCGAGAUCCUGGCGAAAAUGUCUGAGAUGGUUCACAGCCGUCUGAAGCAGGGCCAGGCAAUUCCCCAGACUAACGCAGCCACUUUCUUCCCCUCUGCACCGACUGUACCAACAGCCGCAGAAACACCACCUCUAAAAGGCACCACCUGCUUUGAGUGUGACAUUACAUUCAACAAUAUCAACAAUUUCUAUGCACACAAGAGGCUUUACUGCUCUAGUAGGCACCACGGAGAAGGUGCAACCUCAGCUUCAGGCCCUGGAUCAGCAAGAGAUACUUCCCCAGCCACUGUGCCGUCCAGCAAGGUACAAGAUUCAUCAGCAUCUCCUCAAGACGGAGCAGUGAGCAGAGCAGCUUCCGCCUCUCCCUCUGAAUCCGAACCUGCUGCAGAUAGCGGAGCAACAGAAACCAAGAGAGUGUCGGUGAAGACCGAAACCCCUACAGGAAUAUCAUCCUCGUCGGAAGGCGAGGGAGUAGGCAGUAGAGGAGGACGAGCGAGUGAAGGUAGCCAGAGCCCCGCCAGCGGGUCCGCUGAAGAUCUGGAUGAUGAUCCCAACAGAACCUUUUGUGAGGCCUGCAAUAUUCGCUUCAGCCGUCACGAAAACUACACCGUUCACAAACGCUUCUACUGUGCAUCGCGCCAUGACCCGUCCAAUCAUCGAGCCGUACACACGGCAAAGGGAACCACCACCACAGCAGCCUUUCAUCCUCAGCCCAUUCGUACACGCAAAAGGAAGAAGAUGUAUGAAAUUCAUAUGGCGCGAACAGAAGCCUUAGCGGCGGCCGCAGCCGCUGCCACGGUUGCCGCUGCCACGGUUGCCGCUGCCGCGUCUGCGCCCUCUCCUUCCGUACUUGGCCUGGCAGUGAAGCAAGAGGUUUCUCCUACUGCCGCAGGCUGCUCUAGCCCAGAAGGCGACGGUCCGAUUGAUCUGAGCAAGAGGCCCCGCCUCCAAGAAGUUCCUCAUCACGGUACCAGCAGUAUUCUUCCUGCCUUGCCGCUCACCGAUUACCAUAAGUGCACCGCCUGCAGUAUCAGCUUCAAUAGCAUUGAGAAUUACUUGGCUCAUAAGACCUACUAUUGCCCUGCCACCACCCUCCAACAGCAAAGCUUACAGCUUCACAGGCUGAAAAGAUCAGCUUCUACGUCGCCGAAAAGCAGGUCUCACCCGGAUCGCCAAGAUCUCCUUCAGCCCGUGGAAGCCAAAGUACUCCCCGCAGAUUGGAUGACACAGGCACAAGGCUCAUCAACCAGUCCUCACACCUCAGCCUUAAGUGCCUCUGAUGCCACACCUCCCCCUGAUGCAACAAGCAGACAUGCGGCCACGCCAGGCGCAGGUGCCACAGGCGUUUGCAUGGCUUCUUCUCAGAUGGUCUGUCCAUAUUGUCCUAACAAAUCCAUCACAUGUGACCUAAUGGAGCACUUCAAGACUGUCCAUGGCUUGGUUGUUUCUAUUCAGUCGCCCCAAGAGGCUCAACCCCAGCCAGGCAGCAGAGUUAGUCCCAGCCCGAGCCUUAGUCCCAGAGACGGAGUCACAGCCACCAAGUCAACGAGCCCGCCGAGCCCCCCCUCAAAAUUGCUCCCUCGCAUUCACAGAGAUACUAUGAAUGGGCAGGGAAGGAGUGACGCCACUUCUCCGUGCUCCCCUCCGAUAAACGGCAGCCCAUCAGGUGAGGGGCGAUCGUCGUCAGCGAGUUCACCUCAACCCGUUUCCCCCUCAAGGGCUCCUCCCCCUCUGACUUUGUCACCUGUGCCUGACCACCGAAGAGAAACAGUGGGGCUAUCCCUCCCCCCUGGUAAGACUUCACCAACCGUUGCCUCGCGUCACCUCCCUGCACCCAACCCCGGUCCCAAAAGCCCAGUCGUGUCCCCGGUCCAGAACGGUAACUCCCGCUACUGUAGGCUGUGCAAUAUUAAGUUCAGCAGCCUCUCGACAUUCAUAGCUCACAAAAAAUAUUACUGUUCCUCCCACAGUGCUGAACAUGUCAAGUGAGCUGAGCAAUUGCCAUCAUCCUCUUUCUCCUUCCCUUCAUUAAUCUGACUGAGCAGAUGCGAGUCCUCACUCAGCUCCAAGAAGGUCCCAUGCACCUUUUGUGCCGCCAGUCCUUGUUAAAGUGGCACUCAGCUGGCAUGACAUUAAUCCCAAUGAAAGGCUGUUACUCAUCGGCAGGGCCCGGUCGGUGUCCAUUUGCUCCUGAGCACAAUUUGCCAGUGAUGUUACUCACUGAUUAUUCCUCUCUCGUGGGUCAACAACUCUGUGAGCUGAGAGGGAUCCCACCCGUAUGACUACCUGCACACUAAAAGUGUGCCUCGUCCCCUAGGUCACUUUCUUGUCCCAAAUUAAACUCCAAUCACUUGUCAAUAUUUUGCAUCGUGGGACGUUAAAAGGUUCUACGUGAACAACCUCAUUCUGUCUCGGUUGAACCGAGUUGUUGAUAAGCAGUAAUUACGUCGACGGGCGAUCGUAGAGUUUUGCAAAUCUCCAGUCUUUUCACCUCGGUCCAGACCUAAACAGAGGAAUAAUCUCUUGUAUAGAAAAGACUUGAUUAUGUAAUUUUAUUAUCUGUGCAUAGUCGAUGAUGUCUAAAAAGAAUUCUAUAAUGCAUUUUGGUUUCAACACUGGCGAAGGCAUUUUUGUUAAGAAAAAAAGAAAAUAAAUGUGGUAUGUAAUGUUACUAAUUAGUGAAGGAUAUUUCAAAUUGAUCUUUUUUUUCUUUCGUACAAGCAUUAUUUUAUUUCUCUUCAAGCGCAAGGGAGAGACAAAUGUGAAAUAUUUAUCUUCUAGUCCUCACUGAUUUCAUGUCAACAGAAAACUACCUACAUAUUGUGUAUUUUUAUUUGUUGUUUGCUUUAUCUUCAUGCUGUUAGAAGGAACUGUGUGGCUCUCGGUGUGUUGAAGUGGUUUUGUGUAGAUAUCGGUCUUCUCCAUGGGACUACACUGAAUUUCUUUAUUGUAUAACCAUUUUUCUUCCGAGUUUGUAGUCUACGCGAUGGUGACAUUAACAUUAGAUUUCAUAUUUAAUUGAUUUAAUCUACUGUUGGAUGAGCAGCACAAGGUGAUCCAAUCGUCAAUCAAGGCUUCGGAAAAUAUAUUUUGGACACAGCUGCUUGUAUACUGUGAUAGCAAUGAAGUCACCUUCCAAAGUGAAGCGAUACAACAUCUUUAAUUUCAUUCUGGCUUUAUUGACAUGCUUCCUUUUUCUUUGUCCUACAAGUCUAAGAUGAAGUGUUUGACAUCCCCCCCCUGCCAUUCAAUCAAUACACAUUCUAAAAUGCUUUUCAUUAUGGUGAUUGUUUUUCGUGGGCAAAGACACUGUCAUCUUUCUUUACAGCACGGCCAGCACCUCAUUGCACUAAAGGAAACACGUCAUUUCAUAGCUUGUUGGAUGAGAGUCCAUGUGACGCUUUGAUUUGUCAUUUGUCUCACAUGCAAAUAUAGAAGACCUUUUUUCAUUUCAUCAGAUUCAAGAUCUAGUUGCAAUUGCAAAAGUCAGUAGUGUCGAAUUUAUAUCUGUCCUGCAAGUAUUUUUGAUCAUGACCAAAAAAAAAAAAAAAUUGUAUUGGAGGUGUCAGAAAGCCAAUUGUCCUACAACACAAAGUCCCCUACAUUUUUCUCAUCACCAGUGUUAGCAUUAUCACGACCUCGUCAGACAUUCCGAUUUCAAGGAACAACAUUCAAUAAUGUAUGCGACACGUGUCUGAGCAGCCCACUCUCAUUUUUUACACUGAAUAAAUCCAAAGCUGCUAGAUGUUCCAUGAUGUUCCAUAUAGCUCAGAUGGUUGCCACUCACUUAAAUAAACACAAUAUUUCAAGCAACCUUGUGGAAAACAGCUUCUGCUUGAUCCUAUGAAAUCACUGCUGCAUUUUUAAAACAUGACACAAUGUCUGUAGGUCAUAUGCGAUGACGGUGUGAGUCUAAAACUGCAGCCCGAUUUUAAUCAUGUUUCCACCGAUUUUCUCUUUUGCUGAAAUUCAUCCGACACAUUUGAUUUAAUAGAGUCUUGAUGUAAAGCCCAACCAAAUUUGUAAUUGAUUAUUGGACAUCUUUUUACAUUGAUACAUUAUCUUCACUAAAAUAGUUUACAGUUGCAGAGAGAGCGCAGAGUCAGAAUCUUGUCAACUGCUGGAAUUUUAUUUUACUGUGUUGGUCUUUUCCCAUUUUAUUGCACUGUGUUGUUGUUGUUUAAAAUUUAUUUUAGGGAUUUUUCCUGUAACUGUAUUUAUUUUAUACAGCACUUUUCCCUAUCAAAAAAAGACUAAUUCUUAUUGAACUAUGAAGGACCCUCCCACUUUAUUUUUCCUCAGAUGUAGAAAACCACAAUGAAUGUCAAAACCUCUAUUUUUUAUUUUCAUAUAUUUCAUUUCCUCUAUAAGCUUGUCCAAACUAUGCAUGGGAAAUAAAAAAAAGUUCUGAGACACAUUA